UAAACCUCUACAAAAGACAAAAAUAUACACAACAUGCCUACAAAGACACAAAAUGACCAUGUCAUACACAACAUAUAGACAAAAACUGACUGCAAAGAGUCACACUGUUACUUCAUAGAGACAAAAAAUAACCACAAAGAGAAACAAAAUCAUUACGGAAACACAAAAUGUCUUUGAAAACACACAAAAGGACUUCAAAGACAAAAAAAAACAACCACGAAGAGACAAACAAUGAAUACAAAUAUACAAAAUAUCCCUAACAGACACCUAAAAUAAACUACUACAAAGAGGCACAAAAGGGCUUCAGUCUGCACAAAAUCACCAAACAAUACACAAAAUGAUGACAGAGACAUAACAUUAUUACAAAGAUUCAUAAAUUAACGACAAAUGAGACACUCCAACACUACAAAGAGACACAAACAAUCACUGAGACAUACACAAAUUAAAAGAGGCACAAAAUGACGACAAAUGAGACACAAAGACUACCAAAAGACAGAAAAUAACAUAAAAAGACAAAAUUAUUACAUAGACACACAAAACAACUCAGAGAGACACACAAUGACUACAAUGAAACAAAAAAUAAAUGACAACAUUUAGUAUCAACUAACAAUUUUACAAAAGUGCUUUCUAUGCAAAACAUAAAGAGGCAUAAUUUAUGAGUCAAUGUCAGUAACUCCAAUAAUAUCACAAGAUUGUUUUAAUUAGCCUACUAAUGUUGUUUAAAUUAUAAUUUAAAGCUACAGUUCUUAGUCCGAAGUGCUUAUAUAAGUACCAUUAUUGCAGUGUUGCAGCCUCAGUGUGUAAUUUGUGGGUAUUUUGCAGUAAUAACACGGUCCACUCCUGACAUUUGGGAGUGUUAUUCUCUGAAAGCCAAAAUGGCGAGGUGGCUUUCUGCAAGGGCGCGAGCGUGCACGGCCUAGACAUGUGGGCGGUAAAAAGCUGCUGCGCCUCUACUCGGGACUUUCCGGCAGAUCCUGCAAAGGAGCAGAAGCCGCGCGGUGCGCGGAGGCAGAGACGGCAACAACCGGAGGAGCCCAGCCGAGCAGCCGCUGUCACCACGAGCGACCCGGGCUUCAGUUUUUACAAAGUUUUCCCGGAGACACAGGGCAGGUGGGAAGCCUGGGGGCUCGGGUACAGAAUAAUGAGAGAGCCCUCUAACCGGAGGGGGCGAAAACAUGAACGGGGCCGUGUACAUUUCGUUUUUCCAGGGCCAGCUGGAGUCCGUGCUGGAGCAGGUCGUUCAGCUCGCCGUCCAGGAAAUAAGCAAGACGGUGGGCUCGAGCCUCAACACGCUGCUGCUGGAAACCGCCGUGAAGGAGCAGGAAAACCGCAGGCUCCGGCUCCAGGUGCAGACGUGGGAGUCGAACCAGCGCAACAGCAGCAAAAACAACGGAGGGUCCCCGGUGGCGGGUAGGAACAAGACUGGCAGGGCGGCGGGCGACGAGAGGGCGGACAGCGGGAGGACAAAGCCCGAGCAGCCGCAGCUAUACUCCCCCGCCGGGCACGGCACCGAGACCUACCUCCACACCGACACACGCCGCCUGGAGCAGCGGGGACGAGUCGUUGAUCAGCUGAAGUCUGUGAUGGAACAGGUGUUGGACUUCGCGCUGCACGAGCUGACGAAGAUCGUGGAGGCUUCGUUUGACGACCUGCUGCUGGAGAUCACCAAGAUGGAGAGCGAGCAGCAGCUGCUGGAGGAGAGGAUGGACAAGGGUAGAGGAGACAAGGGGAGAGGAGGAGCUGGGGGUCGGAGGAGGGGAUCUGAGAACGACUCGGUGUCCCCCAGUGGGUCUGAUGACACCCAGGAGGAGCUGGCCGAGGCCCCCGUGUCCAAGGAGACGCCACAGGCAGAUGACUUGGGGCGCCCCCCUGUCCUCUCCGUCGCUCAGGACUGGGUUCCCAUCCUGGACAAGGUCUUUGGUCAGAAGUGGUGCAGCGACGUGUGGCAGAUAAAGGAGAUGGAUGGAGAGGCGGGGGCCGGUACAGGGCGGGGUCUGGGUGAGGGCCGGGUCGAGCACGCGGCCCCCCUCUCCAACCGCUCUGUGACCCUGGAGCCCUCCCCCUCCUCCCCCCAGCAGGACCCCCGUUGGACCCCUCUGGAGGACAUGGAGGUGUUUUCUCCAGAUGAGGAGGCUGCAGGCAGUCAGAGGGACACCUCGGGCCCCCGACAUGGACACCCCCACAGCCCCACAGGCUCUUCUGGCCGGCGCUCCUCAGCCUCGAUGCUUCAUCGCCUCCUCACGCUGCCGUCUCAGCUGCUGGACGAGGAGGAGGACGCCGCCAACGACACGCUGGUCGCUCUCGCCAUCGAGGGAGUCCACGACCUCCGAGAAGCCAUCGAACCGCACCGCCUGUUGCCCCCACCCAACAGAGAGGAGGACGAAGAGGAGGAGGAAGAAGAGGAGGAGGAGGAGGACAAAGGGAGGAAGAAGAAGCGGCGGCGGGUUUGGUCGGAGUGUGAGGAGUGCGGCCGGAGGUUCAGCCGGAUGUCUCUCCUGAAGGCUCACCGGCAGACGCACGCAGCGGAAAACACGGCCGCUGUCGACACGGCGUCCCCUGCGCCCACAAGCAACGCAUCAGCGCUCCACUGCUCCACCUGCGAGCGUAUGGAAGAAGGUCACAUGAUGAUCACCCAGGACCAGAAGGAGUCCAGGUCCAAUCUCGGUUCUGCCUUGGAUCCGGCUCCAGGUAGACAUUACAAACACAGAUUUAUCAAGUUCAGGUGCUGACAAAUCGCUUACUCAAGCUCCAUUUCUUUUUUUCUUUUUUUGAGUAUCAAAAUAUUCAGCUUUUUUCCACGUUGAUCAUUUUGAAUGUACAUUUUCAAGCCAACAAAACACUCAAAAAGCCCAUAGACUCGACUCCUCCAUCGGAUUCAGUUUUUUAGCGAUGGGGUCCGACAUGUAAACAAACAAAUCUGCCAAAGAGGGAAAAGAUUUAUUUUAUUUCACCAUUGAAAUGCAUUGCUAUAAAAGAUAAAAACUGUACUACUAUCAAAAAAGGGGAAGAUAAAAUUGAAGUGAAUAGGUUUAAAGAAAAAAUGCUUUCUUAUUUAAAAAAGCAUAAAAGGUAGAACAUGUAGAGAUUAUUCCCAUUCUCUGCAACUAAAGGGAAAUGUUCCUAUUUCUAAUUCAAUUAUAAUAGGGAAACAAUCUAGUGGCUUUAAAUAAAUAAAAAAGCCAGCUUUGUCUAAGCCCCCUUUGUUAAACUACUGUUAUGAUAUGCUAUCUUUUAUUUUGAAAAUAAGCUUUAUUGGGGCCCCCUGUUAAUGUAGUAUUACCAAAUUAGGUCUUUUUUAUUUUGAAAAUUCGACACUCCGGGCCCCCUGUUAUACUAAUGUUAUACGGGGGCUUUUAUUUGGAAAAUAGUUUGCUUAUUUUCUCCAGGCUGCAAUUAAAGAAUGUUUUAGAUUAAACUAUUUGAAAAUAAUAGUUUUUAAAAGGUUUUUCCCCUCAUUUAACUUUCAUUUAAUCAUUUGAAAAGUAUGUUAGAUAUAAAAAAAAAAUGUAAGUGGCUUUUUAAAAAUGAUUUUAACUCUUAACAAAUGUUGAAAGCUGAAUAGAUUUGAUAAAAAAAGAUUUGUAGACAUCUGAACUCCACAAAACACUUAUUAAUCCCAACUCUGGAUUUAAAACGGGAAAUAAAGAACCUGAACAGGGAAUAAUUGCUGAGUAAGCAUCAAGAGCGGAGAUGAAAAACCUCAUGUUUCAAACUCCUCCUGCUGUACACGCAUCUCCUCUUCUUCUUUUUAAAUCCUGUAAAAUACCCUCUUGGACACGAUACGGGGCCCCACCUCAUGAGGUGAGUUUGAGUCCCAGCAGGAAAUUUUAUUUUUUAUUUUUGUUGUUGCAAUAAGCUUGUGGCCUCAGCAGUCGGACGGUCGGAGCUUCCUGUUGAUGAUCGUUGUUUUUCUCCUUCUCGUGUUGGAUCUGUAAUACGUGAAUUUGCAGGAAGAUUGAUUUUUCUAUCCGUUUUUGUUUCAAAGUGCCCUUUUAUUGUUUCUCUUAACAGACUUAUUUUUGAUUAUCGUCAGGUGCAUUUUUGUCGUCAAGUUUUUGCGAGCAAAAGGAAGAGAAACUUUGUCAGUGGCAUCGAUUGUUUUGGACUCAAUGAAUGUGAAUCUUUUGAUGUACAGUUUUUACUUUACAUACAGAACUGAAGAUAAAACGAGAGAAUAGAGGAAGGUUUUUAAAAUCUGCAACGGUUUCCUCCUCUGCAUCUUUCUCUCCUUGCUUACAUCCUUCCUUCAUCCCUCAUUCUUCAGUUAAGCGACCUCAUGUUAACACACGGAUACCUCCUGAAAAAAACACAACCACCUUUUUUAUAUACGAUUUCUGAUCGUUUACCUUUGUUUUUUUUUCUGGCUUCAACUAAUUAACAACUAAUUUGCUUUUAUGUGCUUUAAUGGAUCUGAUCUGCAUUGAUUCCCAUUUGUGCCAGGCAAAUAAUUUACAUUUGAAUUAACAGUAUGUUUUUUUAAUUGAAAGAUGUUCCUGGCAAAACAAGUAAGAAGCUUCCAUUAAAGAUUUUAAAUAUAAAUGACAAACAAAAUCAACUUGGCCACACAUAGUUUACUACAGAACAUGUUUUUUGCUUCUAUAAAUAUUGUCAUCUGAUUAUUACAUUUUCUUUACUUAUAUUAAUCAAAUCUGUAUGGAAGCCCUUAACUGCCAGGAAAUUGACAAAAUAAAGAUAAUAAACAAAAAUAGGAGUCGAUAACUUAAGAUGCCUCAAUGUUGAGUUGUAUUAAAACAAUACUAUACAAACCUAUAACGAUUGAGACAUUUUAGAUCCAUUUUUUAAAACGUAAAUUAAAAAACGCUUAUGAAACACCAAUUCCACAAUUUGCUUUAUUAAUGGCUCCUAGCUUUUUAUCAGUUUUUGCGUUUUUCUAGGGAUUUGAAAAAAAUGUACUAUGAGUCAGAAAUGUAAAUCUAUAUUUAGUAUAGUAAUGCUGUCCAAGAAAACAAAAAUGAGUUGAAAAUAUAAAUCUCAGAAAAUCAACAAAGAAAUGUUUUCUGCAAGAAAUGUUUUCUUUGAUGGCUGUUUUCUACAAACUGGCUUCACAUUUUUAUGAUUUCCUUCACUUAAUGGGCAUUUAAAAUAUGGUAGCCCAUUGGUGCCAGGGGAAGAAAAACAUAUACAGAAAUAAUACGUUUUCAACUAUGUGAAAUCUAUCAAAAAUGAAUAAACAGAUUAAGUGGAUAAAAUAAUUUGUUCCUUUAAUUUCACUAAAAGAUCAAAAUUAAACUGUGAACAACUAAUCUAAAAUGCCCCAACUUGUGUUGGUGUUUUUUUUUUUUAAUCAUUCCUACCUUUCCAUCUGUUUGUGACUUUAUCUUUUGUAGCAUGCAUACGUCAGGAAGAGAUGGAGGGAGGGAUGUUGGUGACUAGAAGGAUUAGAUGAGGGAUAUAAAACUCAUGAUUUUCAUGUUUCUGCUCCGCGAUGCUUCAGCACGAACAAUCGAGACGUAUCCAUCAUCUUUAAGCUUUGUAAAUGUGCAAACUGAACGUUUUUCUAGCCUCAAGGUGAUUCUGUUUUUACUUGUCUUGAAAAGAAAAAUAUGUAAGCAAUAUGAAGCCAAAACUCUGCCGAGCGGCUGGAGUUUGAUUUACUGUCGGAGAGAGCUGAAAGUAGUCGUGAUGCGCAAAAAUAUCACCGUUUUCGAAAAACAUGUGAUUUGAUUUUGCUGCAACAUGACCACGGGUGCUCUCCAGUAUAAUAAUUGUAAUUUGAUAUAUGCUAAUGAUGCCUAAUAAUAACUGAUUAAUUGAACUGCCUCUACUUUAAUAACAAAAGCUAAUUAUCUGCUCUGCUAACAUCUGAAUGACCGUACCGCAUUUCUCCAAACGCCUAUCUUUUUUUUAAUUUGUUGUACUUUCAGCCUAGUUCACACAUACCCAUAGCCGAGGGAAGUAGGGGUGCUGGAGGUGCUGCAGCACCCCCUGUUGGCCAAUGGUGUACAUUUGAAAAACUGAGCGACCACCUAAACAAAAAUGAUUAAACUACAUAAAAUAGUUAUGAUUUUACUUAAAAUAAAAUUAGCCGUAUACAGUAGCAUAUAAUAGUCAUAGUAUAUAUUGUAGGGCUUUUUUGCCGGUUACUAUUAUGUUCAUGUUACUGUUGAAAUCUCUCCCCACUUUUGGCCGCACCCCCUAAGUAAAAUGACUUCCCGCGGCUAUGCACAUACCUCAUUUUAUUUUGUAAAACAUCUAAAGUGUUUUAAAUGUUCCUCACCACACAGACCUCAUUACCUCAUUUGACUACAAUUAUGUGUAUUUUUUUUUUCUGUUUAUUAUUUCUUUUAUAUGUCUCAAAAACGAAAGCUGUCGGGUGAAAAAUACAAAACUGCAAAGAGAUAGUCUUUAAGGAUUGUUUUUUAUUAUUAAAAAAAACUGAUUUAAAGGCCUUAAAUAACAAACUAUGACAUGUUUAUUUGCCCCAAAAUAUGGAAGCCCAUUUAUGCCAAGAUAAGUAAAUGGUUAAAGAACCUUUUUCAAAAAUACUAAUGUUGGAUAAGAAUUCAGGGACAAUUUGGCAAUGGUUAGAAAUAUAAAAAUGUUUACUCACUGUGCUAUAAUUUUAACCUUCAGGUGUAUUUCAUAAUAGCUUAUAGUUUUUGACUUAGAGUCUGACUUUAGUUUUCUUUUUAUGUUUGAAUCUUUCCAUUCGUUACACUUAAAGUUUGAGCGCUUUAGAAGCACUUAAAAGGGGAAGAAAAACAACAUAAAUGAUUUACUUUCGGAGAAGAUGCAAUUAAUAACAACGGUAGGAUAAAAUGAGAUGAGAACAUAAAAUUGUAAUGAUAUAAAGUUAAGUAACCAAAUGAAAAAUAUGAAAUGUGCGAAAAAGCACCAAAUUAAAUAUUGUAAAAAAACUAUUAUUUGAGAUGUUCUUUUUUAAAUCAAAAACUCACAAGUGAGUAGUUAUCUGGUUUUUACAUGCCAGCUCUGUGAAUAAGCUUUCAGCUACUGUCGGAGAAAACCUUGUAUCUAUAAAUGUGAUCUUACGUUUCUCACUGAAAUAAAAAUCUACAAUGAACUGUCUGUGACAAAUGGAAAAUGGCAGAAAGGAUAUGAGGUUUUUCUCCGACACAAUGGGACCUUUUAAUCAAUCAAUGCUUCACCUGUUGUUGUUUACAGAACACCAUAGAAAAAGAGAGAAAUUCUGGUUGAAAAUACGUAAAAGGGAAAAUUGUGAACAAACUGAAAGGGACCUCAAAGAGUGCAGACCUGCGCUAAAUUAAAUCAUCCAACCCAUUUCAUAAAACAUCAUGCUAUUAAUGUUUCUGUUGUUCCUGCUUACAAACAAAUGCAAAGGAAAUUAUAUAGUAUUUCAAACUGACAUUCACAAAUUGUAAAAGUGAGUACGUUGGAUUUUAUUUAAAAAGGGAUCUUAUACUAAUAUGAGUAAUACUAAGCCAGAAUUAUACAGCAUACAUUGUCACAGCAAAGACCUUUAGUAAAUUACUGAAUUAACAUUGACAAGGGAAUAAUAUUAAAUGUUAAUGUCGUACUCAAGACUUUUAUAAAAACUCUUCAGGGUGUUGUUGCGAUUAUAAUUACCAAUAAUAAAUUCCACCAGAUGGAUUUCAUGUGUUCAUAUCACAGAGCAGAUCCCGGCUCCUUUGAUUUUCAUUUUAUAUGGCAGUUUUCUGAAAAGUGGUUAUGUGGUUCCCAUUUGGAGCGAUGAUGUUUCAGCCUCUCCGUUAAAACUACGGGCUGAGAAAAGAAGGGAAUACAAACUUUACGUUUCAGCAGAGAGGACCUCUCUCUUUAAAAAAAAAAAAAAAAAAAAAAGGGUUCCUUAAAAUCCUUCAUGGUUAGUUUGUAGAAGUAAAGCUGGAGUUAAUGGAACUUCAUGCCGGGGUUCCUCAGGGAACGAUUCAAGGUCCUCUUUUUAUUUGAUGCAACGCGGGAAUGAGGGGUUGAAAGGGAUUGUUUUAUUGAUUUCAAAUGUUUGACUUUAAGCAGACUGUGUGUUUGUAUUGACACAGGCAAAUGUGACUAAUGUUUAAGUUUUAUUUUUUAAUUUUUAAAUAUCUAUUUCUACUCCCUGUAUAAUCUCAAUGAACUGACUUGCUCUUGUCUGUCGAAGAAAGUUCAUAUUGUUCUUGGAUUUGAUGCAAUACUUUUGAUAAAAUGUGCCCUUUUUUUGUAAUUUACCAGUCUAAUAAAACCAAAUCUUCAAUAGUUUCCUAUUUUAAAAAUGACAUUUAAAAAGUGCUGAAGUUGAGUGGCAGGCAGUUGAAGCUUCGGUCAGAAAAAGGAAACUUAAUGUUAAAAUCAACUCAGAGUUGAUAUGACCUUUGACUUUUUUGUGACCUAUGUCAGUUUUGAGUUAAUUAUUGCCAACUUUCUCCAUCAUUAACCAGUGAACUAUAGUAAAUUCUCACUGUAUGUUUGGCUGUUUUUGUGCCCGUGUUGAUCACAGCAGCACCGUCUGAAUGUCAAAUAUGCCACAUUACAAACUGUCUGCCAUGAUAAUGUUAUGAUGAAGGCUAUGGUGAUGGUGCGUUUUUUAAUUUCUAUUACCUGUUUUAGUCGAUGAGACCGGGUACUUUUUAGUGUUAAAAUUCAAGGAAAACCAAUAAAUGUUCACAACGACCA